AUGAAUUUUAUAUCAAAACCUAUUUACAACCACGCAAAACUAUUGAUGCUCCUAAGUUUUGUAUGCAUAAUAGCCCUCGCCGGUUUGCUUCGGAUCAAAUCCGAAUCGUGGAUAACAAACAAAGUUCAAGAGACAAGCCCCAUUCAAUACGAGUCCGAGAUAAAUGCGACUGUACCGGAACCGAGGAAAACGAGAAAAGAAUACCUGUACCGCCUUUUGACAAAUACGACCCGUUCCCUCAUACAAAUGGAAAUAAAAGCCAGGAGACUGGAGGAAAAUAUGCGUAGGAUUAAGGAGAAGACUGCUGAUUUAUUGUGGAAAAAUAAGGACAAAGCGCUGUGGCAAAUUUUGUUUAAGAAUAUAAGCAGGCAGAUUUCAAUUCGGCACGAAUUCCACCAGCACUCGAGUCUGCGACGAAUUAUGCAAGAUGAACACGCGCACAAACACAAAAACGGACUUCGCAGUGUAAUGACACGUAAACGAUGA